AUGAUGGACACGACCAGCAACGACCAGACUGUUAUGGAGGAUCUGCCAGCUACACACCCUGGGGACGAGACAAGCAGCAGCGAGAAAUUAGACACGGGAAGGCAGCAGAACGAGGAAGGGGAAAUUCCACGCGACGAGUGUGGCGUGAAAUACGACCGUCCUUCCAUACAGGGUCAAACAGAGCAGACUGACAGGCUUGAGGUGAAACGAGCUGUGCUUAAACGCUUUUCGUGUACAGAAUGUGACUAUAGGGCAGUAACAAAGGCUAAACUAUUAAGACACACAAGAAGACAUACAGGCGAAAAGUCCUAUAGAUGUGGCCAGUGCGACUAUUCUGCUGCAAAGAAAGGUAGUACUUCAGACGAACACAUGUCUAAACACAACGGAGAAAAACCCUACAUGUGUGGGGAGUGCGGAUACAGGACAGCUGACAGAUCUAACCUAACCGUACAUAUGAGAAAACAUACAGGUGAGAAACCGUAUAAAUGUGAACAGUGCGACUUUUCGACUAGAUUCAAGGUAAAUUUAGACCGGCACAUAGCUAAACAUACCGGAGAAAAACCCUACAUGUGUGGAGAAUGCGGAUACAGGACGGCUGACCGCUUUACCUUAAAUAGACACAUGAGAUCACAUACAGGUGUGAAACCUUAUAAGUGUGACCAGUGCGACUAUUCCGCUGCACGGAAAGAAAGUUUAGAACAACACAUGAUAAAACACACCGGGGAAAAACCCUACAUGUGUGGACAGUGCGGAUACAGGACGGCUGACCGGUCUAACCUUUACUAUCACAUGAGAACACAUACAGGUGAAAAACCAUAUAAGUGCGACCAUUGUGACUAUUCUGCUAUACGGAAAACUUAUUUAGACCAGCACAUGGCUACACACACCGGAGAAAAGCCCUUGGUGUGUGGAGAGUGCGGAUACAGGACGGCCGACAGGUCUGCCUUAACCAGACACAUGACAAGACAUACAGGCGAGAAACCCUACAAGUGUGACCUGUGCGACUAUUCUGCUGCAACGAAAACCAAUUUAGACAGACACAUGACUAAACACACCGGUGAAAAAUCCUACACGUGUGAAGAGUGCGGGUACAGAACGGCUUACAGAUCUGCCUUAACCAGACAUAUGAAGACACAUACAGGUGAAAAACCACAUAAGUGCGACCAGUGCGACUUUUCUGCUAUACAGAAAGUGAGUUUGGACAAGCACAUGGCUAAACAUAUCAAACCUACAUGAGCAGAUUAAAGACGACUGCCAACAACUUGUUUGAUUUUGACAUCAUUUCCGACAGUCUGAAACUUUCUAUAGUCUCUAUAGAGUUUCGCCUACAUUCAAUGCUGAAAUCAAUUCCAAGCUCAUGUUAUUCACUCAAAAGUUCAUUGAUUUUACUCAGCGUUUCUAGUCCUACUGUUAUAUUUCAUGUGUAGAAUUUACUACAUUUAUACAUCAUUGAAUUGUCUACUUUGUACAUGGGUUGAGUAGGGGUGUUUUGGGCACACACGACGUUAGUCGAUUAGUUUGUUCAAUUAUUGUUUCUAAUGUUGUUACAUCUGUAUUCAUGUAUUCAAAUGUAUGUUAAGUGGCAAUGUUAAAAUAAGUUUUUUAACUUGAGUGCAGUGUCACUUUGCCCUGUCUGCUUUUAUGUUGAAUAAAAAAAAAAUCUAACCUAUCCCAACAUGUGAGCAGACAUACAGGUGAGAAUCCCUACAAAUGUGACCAAUGCCACAACUAAGCUACAGGGAAAA